AAACCUGAUUUCGAAGAAGAAAGAUCGGAGAUAAUGAAGACCGGCGCCUCUGUUUUCAAUCCGCGUUCGAGGAUCAAGUGGGACACAUUCCUCAGUUUCCAAAGAGAUACGAGGCACAAAUUCACGGAUCGUCUCUAUGAAGCGCUCGUCAAGGAGCAGGUCCGGGUUUGGAACGAUGAUGUGGAAGGUGGGGAUCAUGAUGAGCUACGUCCAAGUCUCGUGGAGGCUAUCGAGGACUCGGUGGCUUUUGUCGUAGUCUUAUCCCCUAACUACGCUAACUCUCACCUGCGCCUCGAAGAAUUAGCUAGGCUCUGCGAUCUGAAAGCACCUCUGAAACGUCUACUGUUGCCGAUCUUUUAUGAGGUCCAACCAUGGGAAGUUCGGAACCAGGAAGGUCCUUUCGAAAAAGUUUUUGAAGAUCAUUCGAAAACAUUUGGUGAGGAGAAGAUACAACGAUGGAAAAAAGCUAUGACUUUAGUCGGAAACAUCUCCGGAUUGAUUUACGGAAAAGAGACUGUUCAAGAAGAUGACAAGGAUGGCAAAAACAGAAAGAAAGUAGAUGACAUGAUUGAGCAGGUGGUAAAAAACGUUUUAGCUUAAGUGAGGAACACGCCAGAGAAAGUGGCAGACUACACUGUUGGGCUGGAAUCAUCUGUGAAGGGUUUGAUGGAUCUGUUGAACAUCGAAUCCAGUUCUGGCGUUCAGGUCCUGGGGCUUUACGGUAUGGGUGGUAUUGGCAAGACGACCCUCGCAAAAUCCUUCUAUAACAAGAUCAUUGUCAACUUCAAGUCUCAUCGAGUUUUCAUCGAAAGUGUUAGGGAAAAAUCAUCAGACCAAGAUGGUUUAGUCAAUCUACAGAAAACUCUCAUCAAGCAACUUUUCGGUUUGUUACCUGAAACAAAAGAUGUUAACAGAGGCCGGGAAAUAAUAAAACAAAAUGCUCGUGAAAAGAAGAUUCUUGUGGUUUUGGAUGAUGUUGAUGACGCAGACCAGGUUGAUGCGCUGGUUGGUGAAACUGGAUGGUUUGAUGAAGGAAGUGUUAUAGUCAUCACUACCAGAGAUGAAGAGGUUCUGAGUAGGCUCUCAGUGAAACUACGAUAUGAGGUCAAGUGCUUGACUGAGAUGGAGGCAUUGAAGCUGUUUAGUUUCUAUUCACUACGUAAAGAAAAACCACCAACAGAGAGUUUAUUGGACUUGUCCAAGAAGAUUGCCGAGGCGACGGGGCGUUUGCCACUGGCUGUUAAACUGUUUGGUUCUCAUUUGUAUGACAAGGACGAAGACGAAUGGCAAGUUGAACUAGAGAAGCUGAAGCAUACCCAGCCAGACAAACUUCAUAGUGUUCUGUCUCUGAGUUUCGAAUCUUUAGACGAUGAACAAAAGAAAAUAUUCCUUGACAUUGCAUGUCUCUUUCUCAAAAUGGAAAUAACGAAAGAAGAAGUUGUCGACAUUUUAAAAGGAUGUGGGUAUCACGCUGAGGUUGCCCUCAGUGUCCUCAGACAGAAGUCUCUCCUUGAGAUCAUGAAAGACGAUACUCUGUCGAUGCAUGAUCAGAUCAGAGACAUGGGUAGGCAGAUGGUCCUUAAAGAAAGCAGAGAUGAUCCUGAAAUGCGGAGUAGACUUUGGGAUCGUGGUGAAAUAAUGAACGUAUUGGACUAUAUGAAGGUAUACCAUCCAGUUUCACCUACAGAGUUAUGUAUCAUUUGUAUUUGA